UUCAACGCUGCCGCACAGAGGGACAGCAAGGUGCAGCUGCAGAUAGGGGAAGAAGCGAAGAGAGAAGCGUCGGCGAUGAAGGCGAUCGCUGUGGUUACAAUGACUUUCUUGCCAGCCACCUUUAUCUCUACAAUCUUUGGAACCAACUUCUUCUCGUUUGAGGUUGAAACAGAGGCGGGACAGUCAUCGUUUGCUAUGUCCCGUCAGUUCUGGAUAUACCGGGCACUGUCUAUUCCGUUAACUGUUACAACGCUUGCUUUGUGGUUCUGGUGGAGCAGGUGGGCUGAGCAUCUCAGGCUCUCAAGGCCUAGAGCUGAUGCCUUUCGUGAUAAAUAUAUUUCGCUAUAA